ACAAAACCUUUUCAAAGUAACAAGUGUUUAUGGUUUGUUGUAGGCUUAAACUAAGGCAAUAUAUGUGAUGACGGAUUUAAAUGGGCAAAUUGCCUGUUUUGAUAACAUAAAACAAUAUAUUAUAUCUGGCUGCCACGCUCUGAAUAGAAAGAGAAGAGAAAUGAAGUUGUAACCAGAAACCUCCCCUGCCUAAUUAUAGACAAAGAUCCUCUAAACCUCUAAACCGUCUCUGUUAUAGAGAAGCAGCAGCUCUGUGUCUCCCUCCAGCGGCAGCUAUUGUGCACUUCAGUUCACUUAACGUGGACCACAACAACAAGGAGUACAGCAAGUAACGGGAUUUGAUAUGUACGCCUCUUUUAUGAAAUCGACCAGGAGUCAUCAUCGGAUCACUGCAGAUGUUUUCAGGUUGCUCGUUGGAGGCUUGUGGUGAAAAGUUGCCGUGAGUGACAUACAGAGACCGUUAUUGUUGCUGAAACACUAAAGCAAGGUGAAGUCGCUCUACAUGCGUGGGCACCUUUUUUGUUUUUAUUUGACAACGUAAUGGGGACAAUAUAACUUCCUUCCUGCUGCUUCACCAACUCUAUGCACAAAUCUGGCCGCAGAUUAGCUGCAACAACAAAAACUAGCUGCAGGGUGAAUGCUGGUUUGGUUUCCUGUUUCCUCCUCAAAGCCAAACAGUUGAAUUUGAUCUCCUCUAACUUAUAAAGUGACAUGUUCAGCCAGCCCACAUGUCAAAUCUCACCCAAGAAAUGACAUCCCCGAAGGCUGUACAAGAGUGGUGCCGCUCCACAUGCGCAGGUUACCCCAAUGUGGAAAUAAAGAACAUGUCAACCUCAUUCAGAGAUGGACUUGCAUUCUGUGCCAUCAUCCACAAACAUCGACCUGAUUUGAUUUAAUCAAUCUCUCCAUUUUCCUCACCUUGCUCCAGAGAUUUCAGCUCCCUCUCCAAAGAUAAUGUUUAUCUAAAUAACAAACUGGCAUUUGAGAUUGCAGAGAAAAAGCUGGCCAUCCCUGCAUUGCUGGACCCAAAGUACAUGGUUUCCACCAAGGUGCCUGAUACUUUGAGCGUCGUCACCUACCUUUCCCAGUACUUCUACUUCUUCAACAGGAAGUCUUAUGCAGGUCUUGCCAGUUUGAGGUCAUCACACGUCACUUUCUUGAACAACCUCACAAAAAGUAAAACUCCUGAUGAUCUGAACCCCCUGAAGAGCCUGACUGAUCUGGAAGCCAGUAGAGAAGAUCGUUUAUCCGACACAAGGCCACAAACAGUGUGUAGUUUGUGUUUUAAGCCUGUCCACCUUAUACAGAGACAUUUGACGGACGGAAAGGUCUACCAUCGCAGCUGUUUCAGGUGCAAAGUGUGCCACAGAACUCUUUUACCGGGGUCUUACACACAGGGAAGUGAUGAUGGCUCCUUGAUCUGCACUCACCACACAACGGACAGCAAAAGUUCUGGUGUUGACCUCAAUCAGCAAAUUAGAUGUACUGAGAAUCGACCCAAAUGUGAGUUUCAGGCAGGUUAUUUUUCUGUGGAUGGACUGGCUAUCACCAGCGUCCCUCAUUACACUAAGAAACUAGAGUCACAGGACAGACUGGUAUGCAAAACACCAGAGCAAGACGGGAAAGAUAGGUGGGAGAGGAGCACAGAGCCGAAAGACAGAGACUCAACCGUUGGACUGAAGAGCAAGGUAAAGAAGCCAGCGCCUCUUCAUCUUCCUCCACCCAGUGUUGAAGACAUGACUGUUGAAGGAGCUGGAAAAGCUGGACCUGCAACCUUUCUGGCAGAAAGCAAGAUACAGCAGGAAGCGACAAAGACUCAAGAACCCUCUGAGCUGUCCUCGCCGCGUGUACAAGUGACAGGAGGAAGUAGUCGGCCGGUUCCAGCACCCAGGCGAAUGCUAGACUCUUCUGUGGUCCCUGUUCCUGCACCCAGGACCAAAACUGCCCAGCCCACGAGCAGCUCCUCUGCUGCGGGCAGUUCAUCCAACCAAAAUAAAUGUUCACCCAACUCAUCUCGCAUCACAAGCCCGACCAGUCGUAGCCCUAAAGUGCAAACCAACCAUCCAUGGAUAAGCAUCGUCCAUCCCGGACCCUGGAUGCAACUGCCUCCCGCUCCGCCUCCAGUACCCAGGAGGUCAUUGUACAGACCCAGAGUGCCUCCUCCUCCCAAUCCCUUUGGACGGGAGGGGGAUGAGGACACACAGGAGGAGGGCUCUAAACCUGAGCCUGCAGAUCAAACUAAGCCCUCGGUGGCGGCUAUCCAUUCAGGGAACGGGGACACAGACGCUAAAAAUACUGCCAUUAAAUCUACACCUGAUGACAAUGUGGGAACUUUGAGUGAACCAGCUAGAGAUACUUCUAGUCAAAUUGGCUUAUCAGAUUCGGAUGAAACUGGAAAUACGGGACAUUCACCACCGGAUGUGGCUGUGGCAGCAGCAGCAGGGCCGCAUGCCACUUCAGAUAAAGUGCAGAGUCACGUUUUACCCAGAAGUCUUUCUGUGCCAGCUAUCACCUCUGCCCCCUCUCAAAGUUCCCUUUUGCAUUUUGGCUUGACAGAGGCAGAUGAAUCUGAUCAAGGCAUGUCAUGUCAAAGUAAGCUGGCCUACAAAGAGAAUCCAUUUGAUCGAAAACCUGCAAUGUCCAAAUCAAAGACCUUUCAGGCCCUCCCAUCUACACGGGCCCCUGCCCCCGGACAUGGCUUCCCACUCAUCAAGAGGAAGGUGCAGACGGACCAGAAUUUGUCCACGGAAGAUCUGCAGGUGGAGAUAAGAGAACUGGAUAAACAUCUGGAGGCCCUGGAGCAAAGAGGAGUCGAACUGGAGGGAAAUCUAAGAGACUGCAAGAAUGAUAAAGAGGAGGAACAAAUGCUAACGGAGUGGUUCUCUCUUGUCCAUGAGAGACAUGUUCUGGUGCGCAGAGAGACAGAGCUGGUUUAUCUGACAAAGCAGCAGAAGUUAGAGGAGAGACAGGCAGAUGUGGAGUACAAGCUCAGGUGUCUCCUUAAUAAACCAGAGAGCGACUGGAGUCCGGAGGAUCGACGUCGAGAGCAGCAGCUGAUGGAUGAGCUGGUCGCCAUCAUCGAACAGAGGAACCAGAUCGUCAGCAGCUUGGAUCAGGACAGGCAAAGGGAAAGAGAAGAAGAUAUGCUUUUGGAAGCCAUGAUGAAGAACAAAGACCUCCAGAAGGAAGGACUUAAAGAGCUAAAGAAGUCAAAAGGAAAGUUCAAGCCCACAAAAAUGUUUAAGAUGCUGAACCAUAAAGCAGAGGGCACCAAAGACUCCAUGGACAAAAAGAGCUGACGGACUAUCAUGACUGGUGAAGCUCUCACAGAAAACCAACUCCUACUUUUGGAUGAUAAAGAUAAGUGUUGUGGAAUAUGAUCACAAUAUAAAUAUUAUAAUAUGUUGAAGAGCAGCUCGGCAGCAUAGAUAUAUUACAAUUAAAUAUUCUCUCAGCGCAUACGUUUCAGUUUUAUCAAUGUACAUUUUCUCUUUGGUUCUUUCCUCACCCUGUCUCCUGUAUGCACUUAAUAUUUAUGUUAUUUGUAUUUUUAUUACAUACUUGUAUGCAAUAAACAUGUAUUUGGGAAA